GAAAGUCCAGUUUCAUCAACUCCAUUGCAAGUGCAUUUAGGGGUCGCAUAGUUCAAGAGGUUGACUUCACUAGAAAGUGCAAACAAAACCCAUUCAGAGGUAAAGACAGGAAGGUGGUCCUGCCCUUUGUCAUGAGUGAAAUGGGAUUGGAAGAGGCUCACACCGAAGACUCUGAGGCUCUGAAAAGGUCCAGCUCUGGCUGCCCGGCCCUGAAUGAUGAAGUCCACUGCUUGGUCACCGUCCUACCUGCCUUGGAAACUCCAGAACGCCAUGCUGUCAUAGAGAAAAUCAAUAAAAUCAAAGACGAAGCACGUAAACUGGAAAUCCCUCACGUCGUUGUUAUUACAAAGGUGGAUGAAGCCUGUCCUGCGGUCAAGAAUGACCUGGAGAUGAUCUACUGGAGCAAGACAAUUAAAAGAAAUGUGGAUAAGUGCACCAGCGAGCUAGGUGACCACACAGAUUAUGUUUUCCCAGUGAAGAACUACCAUGAUGAGAGUGAUCUGAAUAACAAUGUUGACAUUCUGCUUCUGUCUGCUCUCCAACACAUCAUCAAAUGUGCUGACAACCAUGUGAAACACAUGGAGCCAAAAUUUAUGAUGAGUCAUGAUGGCCAAGGUGGCUCCUCUGGACCAUCUUUUUCAGUGGCUGGAUCUAAUCGCGCUGCUGCUAGAGGCCAUCAAGUUCCAGAAGGGUCUCAAACACGUCCAGAAGAAGUUAUGAUGAGUCAUGAUGGCCAAGGUGGCUCCUCUGGACCAUCUUUUUCAGUGGCUGGAUCUAAUCGCGCUGCUGCUAGAGGCCAUCAAGUUCCAGAAGGGUCUCAAACACGUCCAGAAGAAGUUAUGAUGAGUCAUGAUGGCCAAGGUGGCUCCUCUGGACCAUCUUUUUCAGUGGCUGGAUCUAAUCGCGCUGCUGCUAGAGGCCAUCAAGUUCCAGAAGGGUCUCAAACACGUCCAGAAGAAGUUAUGAUGAGUCAUGAUGGCCAAGGUGGCUCCUCUGGACCAUCUUUUUCAGUGGCUGGAUCUAAUCGCGCUGCUGCUAGAGGCCAUCAAGUUCCAGAAGGGUCUCAAACACGUCCAGAAGAAAGUUUGAAACCCAGACAGCACGAAGCAUCUUGCCGACGUCAAAAUCAGAUCAACAGACAGGGACAUCAGCCUUCUCUUGGGAAUAGGCCAGAUAUGCCAGAACAAGAAAUGUCUAUAUCUUGGACUGAAAAAGGAUGCUUUGCCCCUGCGGUUGUGAAGAGGAUGCUGUGGAGGUGGCAGCAUGAACGUGUCACACAGACAUUGGCUAAACUACUCGGCUUCUACACUUGCCCUCAGAGUUCACAUAUGGUGAAGUGCACAGGUGUCCAGUCAGGUUCAGACUGAUGCUGGUAACAAGAGGAAAACAUGCUAAUUGGUAAGUGAGAUCCCUGCUCAACAAAAAUCCACACAGCACAACAAGUAAGCCUAGUUUGUGGUAUCAAAUGUAAAAUGGAAGUUUCAUCAAAAAGUUGUAGAACACAUCUGAAUAAAUUGCAGGCCAUCAAAGUUGUGAAUGGGCAGGGAAAACACAACCAGUAGGCUUAUGAAUUACUUUGACUCAGCACAGCACAGCAGAUGCGAUGCUACCAUUCCUUGGGAAUAUGACACAGAGGUCUACUAUUCCAUUGUAAAUAUUGACUGGAAAUGUUCAUGUUUCAACUGUUUUAAAAACAUUGGACUCAGGGGAAAAAAUCUCUAGGUGUAUAUAAGUGAAAGCCCACCUUUGCCAUUGUGACACAGCACACAAGUAUACACUGCACACAACGAAAUUGCAUUUUAUGCCUCACCUGUGCAAGGGUGCAGCCUACAUUGGCAUCCCAAGGGAGCAGUAUGUUGCAGUGUGGCGGGAAGGUACCAUACUUGGGGUACCUCAGUCAUGGAGGAUGGUGGAGAGAGCACUGGUUAAUUACUCCCUCCACCAACCUGGCGGGCUGGGAGAUGAACCAGCAACCUUUGGGUUGUUCAGCCCUGGGCUACAGGACACCCUAACCGCUUACCAAUGACUGCCCCACUUAUCCUUGACUGUAUAAAAAAUACCACAGAGUAGCGAGUACACUUUUAAAUUAAAAGGGUCAAUAUAGAUGAUAGACUUUUCAUCCACAGGCAGGUAAGGCCUAUAUUGAAGGCAGCCAGCUUCAAAACAGACCCCACCUUCUCUUUGUCACCUGAAUAUAACUUAAUUGUAUUGCAAAUGUCAUUCCUAAGAUUCAUUUACAAAAUGUGUUUUAUUUCAUGUGAAGCUGCAUAACAUUGAAAUUAUGUCGGGGGGCCCGGUGAAACGGCCCUUGAGACAUAGGUUCCCCACCCCUGCUGUAGGAAGAGCCUGUAGACGGUGACACUUCAGACAUUUGACUUUCUAGCUCUUGUCACAGGUCAGUCCAUGAGCCCACGUCUUCAGGUCAUGGGCCUGAGAAGAAUCUACCGUUACAGGGGUCAGAAGAGAUCCUCAAACUGUAAGUUAAUCUCAUGAUGCUUUUUAACAUAAACAUUUGACACUCACUCUCACCACAGGUCAGUUCAUGAGCCUCACUGGAUACUUUUAUAAUAUAUGUGCAGCUGUGUGUCAAUGGUUGGUAUGCAGUGUCGCUUUGUUUUUUUUUGUUUUUUUUUUUUUUUUUACAUUUUAU